GAGGAAUAUGGCAGCUGAGCUGGGAAAAGGCUGCUUCGAAUCCGGUUUGGAGGCAGCCCAUCAACACUGAGAGUGCACCGAAGAAUGUAGUGGACACGGGAGAAGGAGCCUUCCGGGGUGGAAACACACGGAAAAGCCUCGAGGAAGACGGCCUGGAGAGGGCUGAAGAAGGUUCCUCCUCUUGGGGCCCCAGUGGUCAAGCCCGAAGUCUGAGGUUGAAUCCUGCUGGUCAUCAGGACGUGGGGGGCUCCACCAGAGUCACCUCGAGUGUCCAGCCCUAUCCCAAGCCCAUCAGAAACAUGAGUGUGAGCCGGACCAUGGAGGACAGCUGUGAGCUGGACCUGGUGUAUGUCACGGAGAGGAUCAUCGCCGUCUCUUUCCCCAGCACAGCCAAUGAGGAGAACUUCAGAAACAACCUCCGCGAGGUGGCCCAGAUGCUCAAGUCCAAACAUGGAGGCAACUACCUGCUUUUCAACCUCUCUGAGCGGAGACCCGACAUCACGAAGCUCCACGCCAAGGUACUGGAAUUUGGCUGGCCCGACCUCCACACCCCAGCCCUGGAGAAGAUCUGCAGUGUCUGCAAAGCCAUGGACACUUGGCUUAAUGCAGACCCCCACAAUGUUGUCGUUCUUCACAACAAGGGAAACCGAGGCAGGAUAGGUGUUGUCAUCGCAGCUUACAUGCACUACAGCAACAUUUCAGCCAGUGCUGACCAGGCCCUGGACCGGUUUGCCAUGAAGCGAUUCUAUGAGGAUAAGAUUGUGCCCAUUGGCCAGCCAUCUCAGAGAAGGUAUGUGCAUUACUUCAGCGGCCUGCUCUCUGGCACCAUCAAAAUGAACAAUAAGCCCUUGUUUCUGCACCACGUGAUCAUGCAUGGCAUCCCCAACUUCGAGUCUAAAGGAGGGUGUCGGCCAUUUCUCCGGAUCUACCAGGCCAUGCAACCUGUUUACACGUCUGGCAUCUACAACGUCCAAGGAGACAGCCAGACAAGCAUUUGCAUCACCAUCGAACCUGGACUGCUCUUGAAGGGAGACAUCUUGCUGAAGUGCUACCACAAGAAGUUCCGGAGCCCAGCCCGAGACGUCAUCUUCCGUGUGCAGUUCCACACCUGCGCCAUCCAUGACCUGGGGGUUGUCUUUGGGAAGGAGGACCUUGAUGAUGCCUUCAAAGAUGAUCGAUUUCCAGAAUAUGGCAAGGUGGAAUUUGUAUUUUCUUAUGGACCAGAGAAAAUUCAAGGCAUGGAACACCUGGAGAAUGGGCCGAGUGUGUCUGUGGACUACAACACCUCUGAUCCCCUCAUCCGCUGGGAUUCCUAUGACAACUUCAGUGGGCAUCGAGAGGACGGCAUGGAGGAGGUUGUGGGACAUACCCAGGGGCCGCUGGACGGGAGCCUGUAUGCCAAGGUGAAGAAGAAGGACUCCCUGCAUGGCAGCACUGGGGCCGUCAAUGCCACACGUCCUGCCCUGUCGGCCACCCCCAACCACGUGGAACACACCCUCUCUGUGAGCAGUGACUCGGGCAACUCCACAGCCUCCACCAAGACCGACAAGACCGAUGAGCCUGCCCCCGGCCCCUCCAGUGCCCCUGCUGCCCUGAGUCCCGAGGAGAAGCGUGAGCUGGACCGCCUGCUCAGUGGCUUCGGCUUAGAGAGAGAGAAGCCAGGCAUCAUGUACCACACCCAGCAUCUCCGGUCCCGCCCAGCAGGGGGCCCUGCUGCACCCUCCUCCGGCCGCCAUGUUGUCCCAGCCCAGGUUCACGUCAACGGCAGUGCUUUGGCAUCUGAGCGAGAGACAGACAUCCUGGAUGAUGAGCUGCCCAACCAGGACGGGCACAGUGUGGGCAGCAUGGGCACACUGUCCUCCCUGGAUGGGAUCACCAACACGAGUGAGGGGGGCUACCCAGAGGCCUUGUCCCCACUGACCAAUGGUCUGGACAAGCCCUACCCCGUGGAACCUAUGGUCAAUGGUGGGGGCUACCCUUAUGAGUCUGCCAGCCGUGCAGUGCCUGCCCCCAUGCGGCCCUCCUACUCCGCACAGGAAGGUUUAGCUGGCUACCAGAGGGAGGGCCCGCACACAGCCUGGCCACAGCCAGUGACCACCUCCCACUAUGGCCAUGACCCCAGCGGUAUAUUCCGCUCUCAGUCCUUUCCGGAAACAGAGCCGCAGUUGCCCCAAGCUCCAGCCCGUGGGGGGAGCAGCCGGGAGGCUGUGCAGAGGGGCCUCAAUUCCUGGCAGCAGCAGCAGCAGCAGCAGCAGCAGCCGCCUUGCCCUCCUCCUCGCCAGCAGGAAAGAGCCCACUUGGAGGGUCUUAGGCCCAGCAGGCCUAGUCCCCUGCCAUUGGCAGAGACCCCCACCCCUGGCCUCCCUGAGUUCCCAAGGGCAGCGUCCCAGCAGGAAAUCGAGCAGUCCAUUGAAGCCCUCAACAUGCUGAUGCUGGAUUUGGAGCCGGCUGCGGCCGCCACCCCCCUGCACAAGUCCCAGAGUGUCCCAGGGGCCUGGCCGGGGGCUUCCCCGCUCUCCUCCCAGCCCCUCUCGGGCUCCCCCUUCCAGUCCCAUCCACUGACCCAGUCUAGAUCUGGCUACAUCCCCAGUGGGCAUUCCUUGGGAACCCCUGAGCGGGCCCCACGGGCCUCCCUGGAGCCUGGCAGGCCUUACUCACCUUAUGAUUAUCAGCUAUGUCCAGCUGGGCCCAACCAGAGUUACCGUCCAAAGAGCCCGACCUCCUCCUCUUCCUCUCCCGCCUUCCUUCCAACCACCCUCAGCCCUCCAGGGCCUCAGCAGCCCCCAGCCUCUCUCCCUGGCCUCACUGCUCAGCCUCAGCUCCCACCAAAGGAGGUGACUUCAGAUCCAUCUCGAACUCCGGAGGAGGAGCCCUUGAACCUGGAGGGCCUGGUAGCCCACCGGGUAGCAGGAGUGCAGGCUCGGGAGAAGCAGCCUGCGGAGCCCCCAGCCCCUCUCCGGAGGCGGGCGGCCAGUGAUGGACAGUAUGAGAACCAGUCUCCAGAACCCUCAUCCCCCCGGAGCCCUGGGGUUCGCUCCCCCGUCCAGUGUGUCUCCCCAGAGCUAGCUCUCACUAUCGCUCUCAAUCCUGGAGGGCGACCCAAAGAGCCCCAUCUGCACAGCUACAAGGAGGCCUUCGAGGAGAUAGAGGGAACCUCCCCGACCAGCCCACUGCCCAGUGGGGUGCGCUCCCCUCCAGGUCUGGCCAAGACACCCCUGUCUGCUCUGGGCCUGAAACCCCACAACCCAGCGGAUAUCCUGUUGCACCCCACGGGUGUCACCAGAAGACUGAUCCUGCCAGAGGAGGAUGAGGGGAAGGAGGUGACAGAGCUUUCGGAAGAGCCCCGGAGCUAUGUCGAGUCAGUGGUGCGGACAGCAGUGGCUGGACCCCGAGCUCAGGACCCUGAGCCCAAGAGCCUGAGCACCCCAGCUACCCAGGCCUAUGGCUCUGAGACACCCCUGAGGAAUGGGACCCUGGGUGGCUCCUUUGUCUCCCCCAGCCCCCUCUCUACCAGCAGCCCCAUUCUCAGUGCUGACAGCACUUCAAUGGGGAGUUUUCCAUCAGGAGAGAGCAGUGACCAGGGCCCCCGGACACCCACCCAGCCUUUGCUAGAUUCUGGCUUCCGCUCCGGCAGCCUGGGCCAACCCAGCCCUUCGGCUCAGAGAAGCUACCAGAGUUCUCCUCUCCCAACCACGGGCAGCAGCUACAGCAGCCCUGACUACUCACUUCAGCAGUUCAACUCCCCAGAAGGCCAGGCCCGGUCUCAGUUCACUGUGGCCGGUGUCCACAUGGUACCUGGGAGCCCUCAGGCACGCCACAGGACAGUGGGCACCAACACUCCUCCUAGUCCUGGCUUUGGUGGCCGAGCUGUCAACCCCAGCAUGGCUGCCCCUGGCAGCCCCAGUCUGAGCCACCGCCAGGUGAUGGGCCCACCAGGAACUGGUUUGCAUGGUAACACAGUCUCCAGCCCCCAGAGCAGUGCAGCCACCACUCCAGGAAGCCCCAGCCGGGGCCGGCACCCUGGGGCCCACCAGGCCUCAGGUCUCCAUAGCAGCGUGGCCACCACUCCAGGAAGCCCCAGCCGGGGCCAGCACCCUGGAGCCCACCAGGCCCCAGGCCUCCAUGGCAAUGUAAUCACCACUCCAGGGAGCCCCAGCCUGGGCCGGCACCCCGGAGCCCCCCAGGGCGCCUUGGCUUCCAGUCUCCACGGCAACACAAUAGCCAGCCCGGGAAGCCCCAGCCUCGGUCGUCACCUAGGAGGGUCUGGAUCUGUGGUUCCUGGCAGCCCCAGCUUGGACCGGCAUGUGGCCUAUGGCGGCUACUCCACCCCUGAGGACCGGAGACCCACGCUGUCCCGGCAGAGCAGUGCCUCGGGCUACCAGGCUCCUUCCACGCCCUCCUUCCCUGUGUCGCCUGCCUACUACCCCAGCCUGAGCAGCCCCACCACCUCCCCGUCACCGGACUCAGCAGCCUUCCGGCAAGGGAGCCCAACGCCAGCCUUGCCCGAGAAGCGGAGGAUGUCCAUGGGAGACCGGGCGGGUAGCCUCCCCAACUAUGCCACCAUCAACGGGAAGGUGUCCUCCUCGCCUGUUGCCAGCGGCAUGUCCAGUCCCAGUGGGGGCAGCACCGUCUCCUUCUCGCACACUCUGCCCGACUUCUCGAAGUACUCCAUGCCAGACAACAGCCCCGAGACCCGGGCCAAAGUAAAAUUUGUCCAGGACACUUCCAAGUAUUGGUACAAGCCCGAGAUCUCUAGAGAGCAAGCCAUCGCACUCCUGAAGGACCAGGAGCCAGGGGCCUUCAUCAUCCGCGACAGUCACUCCUUCCGAGGAGCCUAUGGGCUGGCCAUGAAGGUGUCUUCUCCCCCUCCGACCAUCAUGCAGCAGAAUAAAAAAGGGGACAUGACCCAUGAGCUGGUGAGACAUUUCCUGAUAGAGACCGGCCCCAGAGGAGUCAAACUCAAGGGCUGCCCCAAUGAACCAAACUUUGGAUCUCUGUCUGCCCUGGUCUACCAGCACUCCAUCAUCCCACUGGCUCUGCCCUGUAAGCUGGUCAUUCCAAACCGAGGUAGGAACCUGACACUCCUUGCUCUCCCAGCGCUCUUCGGCUUUGUGGCCCGGAAGCAGGGCAGCACCACGGACAACGCCUGCCACCUCUUCGCUGAGCUUGACCCCAACCAGCCUGCCUCUGCCAUUGUCAACUUUGUCUCCAAAGUCAUGAUGAGUGCUGGCCAGAAGAGAUGAACCCACCCCUUGCCCAGGGCCAAGGCAACGGGGAUGGGGCUUGUGGAGAAGGGGACCCAUGAAUCCUGACUACCUUUGAAUCCGGAAGGAGGACUUUGGGCCAAUUUUGGAGAAGGAGAGAAGAAAGUGCAACAUGGGGAGAGGGAAGUGAAUUGCAGAGGGGAGGGGGAGAGAGGGAGAGAAAGAAAGAAAAAGAUGGAGGAGGAGAACUUGGGAUUCCUUUCGGUAGAUGGGUACUGUGCAACCCCAAAAGCCUCCAAAACCAACCAGGUCCACCUAACUCCCCCUCACCCGGCCCCCGCUCCCCCCAGAGGAUGGAGCUCCUCAACGGAGGCAGAACUGACCUCCUUGAGGAUCCAUAUUUUGGCGGGGGGUGGGCGUCAUGGGAAAGCUCUGUCUCCCUACCCCAGCUGCUUUGCAGUGAGAAAUCAAGUUGCGAGAAUCUUUUUCCGGCCAUCUCUAGGGUAAAUUGCCAAACCAAAAAGAGCCAGCAUGGGACAUCAAGUGGCAGAACUUUUGCUUUUGAAAGUAUCUCAGACCCGAGGCACCUGAGGUCUCUCCCCUCUGCCCCUGACGUGUAGUUGGUGUGGGUGUACACGUGGGGUGUGUAUCUGUCCACACCCACAUCCUCACACACUGAUCUGUCUUUGCCUCUCAGCUAGAAUUAUAAACAGGUGUACUUGUCUGUGUCCCCUGUAUUUGCACACACGUGCAUGUUGUCCAAAGAAGGUUAGAGUUGGAGUGACACAGCAGCAGGAAGGGGACACCAGCCCUCUUCCCCAGGAGCACCCAGGAAUAUGGGUAAUUGACUGCCUUGGCCCCUGCACCUGCACUCCAGCAGCCCUGGGUGCCUCCAGCUCCUUCUCAACAAACACCCCAGCGGGCGUGAGGCUGGCCACCCUGCAGCACCACCCCUGUUCUGCCUCCAUUAGGAGGCGGGAACAUUGGUGUGAGGAGAUGGAGACAUGGGUGUCCAUCACCUUGGGGAAAAGAUCUGUCAGCAGUGGUGGCUGGUGAGCUCCAGGCAUCUUCCCCAAGGUGUGUGGCCAGUGUGUGGCCCAGCAUCCAAGUGGGCAGGUCGCUCCUGCCAGCUCCCAACCCUCAGCCCAUUCUUGGGUUUUGCGCCAAGACCAGCCUUAUAUCUCAGACUUGCUUAUCUGCAUGAGGUCUUUUUGGGUGCUGGGGAUUGAGCCUUCCUGCUCUGCCCUGCCCUGCCCCAUUCUGUCCUGCAGGGCCCCCAUGUUGGGCUCAUCCUGGGGCACCUGCUUCUAAAGGCCCUGCUCAGCGAGGCCCAGGGGAGAUGCCUGUAGUUCUUGUGCCUCCAUCCGCAAGUGUUUUGGGGUCUGACUUUUGCUGGGCUGUCCAGGGUGACUUAGCGAAGCUCUGGGGGCUGCUACCUGUAUACCACAUGGCCUACCUACAAUACCAAAGCCUUGCUGUUCCCCCUUCUGCCUUGGUUUUCCCAGCAGAGCCAAGCUGCCUGUGAGCAGAGGGCAGAAGGCACACAUUUAGGCCAAAGGGCUGCGAGUCCAUGUGGGCAAUUGGGAAACCCUGACCUCCAUCCAAGGACUCUAAGCUGGAAUGGAAAAUUCACUAGGACUCCAUUCCUGAGGGGCUUCUUACGCCUCUGGGGGUCCCCUAGAGAGAGGUGUUGUACUGAUAUAUAAAUAUAUAUAAUAUAUAUGUGAGACAUACUGACAGAAUCUGUAAGCUAAUAAAAUAUAAGAAAAGGUUAAAAAAACGAA